UUCCCCUGCUAAAUAGCUUUCUCACAGUGGAUUUCUUUGAGCUGAUCUUUAAUCUCCCUUGGGACAGUCAUACAAGAACAACUUGGCAUGACCUUUGCUCGACUGUCUUUUAAAUACAAGAAGUAGGAAUUUCACUGUGCAGCGCACACCCACUCAAGGUCUCUCAAGGAAAGUGUGAUAGCUACACAGACAAGUGUGAGAGGAGCACAUUAACGAAGAUGGUAGGCAGCCAAAAACGCAGUACAGAAGAGGAAGCACAGGAAACCUUCACUCCCGGAUUUCAACGAAAGACUCUGACAGCACCUGCUCCAUUUGCGGACGAAACAAGUUGUCAAUGCCAAGCGCCCCAUGAGAAGUUAACCAUUGCACAGGCCCGCCUGGGAACACCAGUUGACAGACCUGUCAGAGUGUAUGCAGAUGGGAUAUUUGACCUCUUCCAUUCUGGCCAUGCUAGAGCUCUUAUGCAAGCCAAAACUCUAUUCCCAAAUAGCUACUUAUUAGUAGGAGUUUGCAGUGAUGAUUUAACUCAUAAAUUCAAAGGCUUCACUGUGAUGAAUGAAGCUGAGCGAUAUGAAGCCCUCAGACACUGUCGCUAUGUAGAUGAGGUCAUCAGAGAUGCACCCUGGACACUGACACCAGAGUUUCUUGAAAAACAUAAGAUUGACUUUGUAGCCCAUGAUGAUAUCCCAUACUCCUCCGCUGGCUCGGAUGAUGUAUACAAACAUAUAAAAGAGGCAGGAAUGUUUGUACCAACACAGAGAACUGAAGGUAUCUCAACAUCAGAUAUCAUCACACGGAUUGUCCGGGACUACGACGUUUAUGCCCGACGCAACCUCCAACGAGGAUACACCGCCAAAGAGCUGAACGUUAGUUUUAUAAACGAGAAGAAAUACCGCUUUCAAAACCAAGUGGACAAAAUGAAAGAAAAAGUCAAGAACGUAGAGGAAAAAUCAAAAGAAUUUGUUAACAAGGUGGAAGAGAAGAGCCAUGACCUCAUUCAGAAAUGGGAAGAGAAGUCCAGGGAAUUUAUUGGCAACUUUUUAGAGCUGUUUGGACCAGAUGGCGCUUGGAAGCAGAUGUUCCAAGAACGAAGUGGUCGAAUGCUCCAGGCUUUUUCUCCAAGGCAGAGCCCAACCAGCAGCCCUACUACACGAGGCCACUCUCCAUCCCGUUCUCCAUCUCCACCCUUUCCUUGGCUCUUCAAUAAACCCUCCCCUCCCUCUUCUCCAAAAGCUGCCUCUGCCUCCCUCAGCAGCAUGAGCGAGGGAGACGAGGAUGAAAAGUAAAAUGAGGAUAUAUUUUUUAACCAUGGGACAGAAGAACAAGCUAUGAACUCAACCACUGGAUGGGGAGGAGAGGUGCGAGGAACAUCUAGGGUAUCUCUGACAGCCGGGAACAUGCUCUGGGAGAAGAUGUUGCAAACAGACCGGAGCACGGCAAGGGACGAGAUCUCAGGAAGAGCUUAUCCCAUCCCUGCUUCCUCGUGGUGGCUGGAGGCCCCGCCAGCAGCGCUUGCCAGACACGGUACCAGGUGGCUGGCUGAAAAACAUAAAACCUUUGUGCAAGUUCCUGUCUGUGUGUCACUGCUUACUGCUACUGUGGGCCAGGCCGGAUCAGCGGGGGAUUUUGCACUGAGGAUGGCUGGUAGGAGAAGCAAUGCCAGCCCUCACUCCUGACCCAGCACACAAGCAAGCGACAGCCACAGCUUAUGGAAAGACAAGGUGUAGUUGUAGCUGGACCCUGCUAGCCUUGAGCUCUUCUGGCACAUGAAGGAAUGGCAUCACAGCAGCAAAAAAAACCUUCAGACACAGGAAAUAAAAUUUUCUUUUCAAACCAAAUCUGCCCCACACCCAAACCACAGCAGUGAAAUGGAGAGCUGUCUAGUUGGGAUAAUGGAAAUGCAUUGAAUAUAGUCAAGCUGUUCAAUGUUGCUUGUUAAUCAAGCCUCUAUACAGGACAUAGAAAGAUUUCAGGCUGUGUGAAUCCCUUUUCCUUUAUCAAAUCUCCCUCCAUGUCCCUAGUGCCUGAACAGCUACUUGAUAACUUCUGUUUUGCUCCCUGGUGUUGCGUUUUGGAGGCAGCAAAGUAAAGGAAAGAAAGUUGGAAUUUCUUGCUGGGAGAAAUACUUAUUUUGAAGACUUUGGCAACUUUUACCAGUCAAUUCUAAAAACAUACAUGGGAUCUCUCAGCCUAAGAAACAGAUUUCUAGGAAACAGCACCACCACCAGAUACAUGCCACCAAACCAUGAGCAUAACAGUGCUGCUGCCUUCUCACAUUCUACUAAUCAGGUUAAACAAAUUUCUGACAAAACUUUAAACAGAAUAUAUUCAUAGACACCCUCCCCCUGUGUGGGGGGACCGUUCCUGGGACCGUUCCUCUACCUUAACAUGGAGAAAAGGCCGGAGAAAAAAAGAAAAAAAAAAAAGGAAAGAUUUUAAGUAGGGUUAGGCAUGGGGAUUUUCUCCUGCCAUGUGACACCCUUAUGCCACCCCCAAGCAGAAUCACAGAAACUGUAGCGCUAACCAAGCUUUGCCUCCUUUCGACGCGCUAACAUCCAAACUGACCUCCUUCCAGCUUGGCAGUAACCUGGCUCUGCCAUUCAGCCCCUCAGUUAGCAUCUGGCGAGAUGGCUGUAGAGUUACAGGAUUUGCAAGCAGGGAGGGCCUCCCUGCCCUGCAGCUCAGACAGCUGUAUUAAACAUCCCCCCCACCCCACCCCCACCCCAGGAGCUGCAGGAGGGCUGCAAAGCAGCUGUGUGAUCUGCGCUCCUGGGCUCACCUGGCGAAACUUGCCUCGGUGCAUUGGUACCAUUGAGGUUGCCCAGCCAACAGGUCAAGGGGGCCGUGGCUGCCUGACCCCGGGCCAGCUACUGCAGAGCUCAGGCCACGAGCUGUCCAUGCGCGGGGCACAGCAGCGCAGCCUCCACUGUGCCACCGCUCCCUGCAGUGGCAAAAGCAUCACAGCACGCAAGCUGCUGCAGAUGCCAUCUGGCUCUGUGUUGCUGGUCUCCUGCACAGGCAGCAGCCGCACACGAAAUGCUGGGAGGAGGAGGGCUGGGAAAGCUUCUGGCAGGAGAACGAGGCAAGCUUGCCAUGGUUCCUUCUGGAACAAAAAAGCUGUCAAAUGAGAUCCCGAAUGGCUUAGCACAUCUUAUAGUAGUAACUGCUGGCAGCUAUCCCUCCCAGGCUACCUCCCUUGCCUUGCCAAGUGACAUAUUAGAUAAACUCCCUUUUACGCCCUCCCUUUCAAAUACCUUCCCCACCAGGUAAAUUACAGACCCUUGCAACUAGGCACCAAAGUAGCCCUGUGCUUUGUUCAUUCCCAACACUUUUUAUCCCUCCCUCCCUAAGGGGUAACCAGUUUCUCUUCAAGAAAACUUUGCUGGACUCUUUUCUUCUUGCUGGACAUCACAAGAUGGAGGAAAUCAUUUCUCAUGGCAUAGUAUGUCUUCUGGAGACCAAACUAAUUCCUUCUUCACACAGCUGCAAAAGACAGAUUAGCAGGGAAUAGGGUGAACUGCUACUUUCACUAGAAAGCGCAAGAGGGUCACAGCCAGUGGGAUGAUGCAAUUAAGACCUUCCUCAGCCUUAGGCAACCUGAUACUGUAAUUUCAUAUCUGGGAUGCACUUCUUAGUUUUUCUGAUCUUUGCAAGUCUGAGUCUUCCCAUCAGAAACCGCUCCUCCACCAUGGGAACAGUCUGCUCUCUACUGGUGCUGUAUAUACAACAAGCCAUGUCCAAACAUAACGAGGGCGGGCAGGGUUUUGUUGUUACUGGGUUUUACAAUUAUGUUUUUGUUUUAAUUUCACAGUGCUUACUGUUCAGCAGCCCUUGUUUAAUGGUUUGAGUGGAAGACAGCAUCCAUGACUUGUAAAUAGGAACUGGAGAAAAACUCACCAAAAUGACCUCUUUCUAACUGAAGCUGUUUCUCAGAGAGUCACAGGUGGCCACCUGGUGACAAAGCCAUAUUACUGUACCAGACAUCCUUUUUGCAUUUAGGAUAUCAGUAAGCUGAAGCCUUUGCCCUGCUGGUACAGACACCAAUAUCCAUGUGCUACCCCCAGCAAAUCAACCUCAUCGUCUCUGGACACAUGGAUGGCAAUUUUGCACUUCUGAGUCAUGGCUGGGUUUUAUUUUUCAUGAGCGUUGCUUUAAUUCAGUCCUGUUUAUCAGCCAAACCCCCCAUGAAAAAUAAACAAUGUACAACAGACA